UCCUCAAAAGUUUCUUAUCAUGAAGACACGGCAAUUCUUUUCUUUUUAUAGAAAUAUAAACUCUAUGAAGAUUCAUGAGCCGUUCAGAUCUACACGGUUGUUCGUCCGGCUAUCUACAGUUCGCACAAUGUCCAAAUCAGCCGAUCAGCUUCGCCUUGGCAACUACAGCAACUACUACGAAAUCCGCGAUCAGGAAAACCGUCCGAAGUGCAUAGGGCAAAGUCUACCGGAAUGUUUCCGUAAGUUGAAUUCCUACGGAAACUCCUCCACCCUGUACCUGAUGGACAUUGGUUGCAACGUUGGGAAGUUGACCCACCAGAUUAGGGAAGUGAUACAAGCUGCACCACAAGCCCAAAAUAAGCAGGUGCAAGCAUUUGGAGUUGAUAUCGAUCAGUCGCUUAUCAACAGAGCCACCGAAAACCAUGGUUCGCCACAUCUGCAGUUCUCCCAGGUUGACAUCGGAGCUGUGGCUCAUGGCGAGUCCGAGGAUCGCAUUCAGCAGUACAUGACGGACAAACAAAUUGAUCGAUUUGACUUUGUUUGCUGCUUCUCGGUUCUUAUGUUUAUCCAUUUGAUACGGGGAGACGAUGGCUUGAGGACAGUGCUGGAUUACGUUUGCGAGCGGACAAAGAUUUUAGUUCUAGAGCUGCACAGUUGGGAUAGUUACGUUACUCAGUAUGAAAAUCAUCGCCAGAAUGGGGGCGACUAUGAACACUUCCAUGAUUUACGUUGGAAAGGAGAAGACUUCAUUAGAAAAUAUGUGAUUUCCAAAGGAUUCGUUGUAAUCCGUGAUUCGGCGGAGAAAAUUCCGCCAAGAAACCGUGCCAUUGAGAUUUUUUGUAAGGUGUGAUAUAAACAGAUUUGUUGAUUUUGGAAUUGAUAAGGGGCUGUCCAUUAAUUACGUAAGACAAUUUUGAUGGUUUUUCCACCCCCUUCCUCCAUAAUACGACUUUAUGAAUAAAAAAAAAAUGUAUGGAAAGUAGUAAAUCUUAAACCCCUCCCUCAUAAAUUCUUAAGUAAUUAAUGGACGACCCCUACUGAUAUGUUAUUAUGAUUAAGAAUUACAUUAAAAUAUUGUCUUCAAUUAUGUUAUAUGAA